ACAUGUAAACAGAGAUGUGUGAAAGUUGUAGGUGUUAGGCGAUAAUCCUGUUGCUCUUUGUGUGACAUAAACUUUCCACCUGGGCGAUGUUUCCUCAAACAUGAUGUCCGAAGCUGCUUUAGAUGAAGUUUCUGUUUUAUCGUCUAUUUACUGCGGAGAGGGAGAGUUUGUCCUGCAGGAGGCUGGUCAGGAUGGCCUCAUCGUCCAGAUCAACUGCACCGGCGGAGGAGAGGACGGCCUGGUGGGUCUGCUCUUCCAUCUGCACCCAGGCUACCCGUCGUGCCCCCCCGACAUAUCCGUGUCUUCCACCGCUCUGUCCCGGACUCAGUGUCAGAGCGUCAGGCAGAGGCUGCAGGAGCGAGCCUCAGAGCUGCCUCCAGAGCCGAUGGUUCACCAGCUGGUGGAGUUCUUCCAGCAGGAGUGUGUGGAGCUGACGGAGGGCUGCAGAGGAGCAGUGGAGGCGAUGAAGCCGAGAGAACAGGACGAUGAGUGGACAGCGGUGCUGCUGCUGGACCACAUGCGAGCUCGGAAUCGUUACGUCGGACUGCUGGAGCGCUGGAGUCAGCAGCUGCAGCUGGCCGGGGCGUUGUUACUGGGACAGAGGAUACUGGUGAUCCUGCAGGGGGCCAGGCACAGCGUCAAGGAGUUUUGUCACCGGCUGAAGACGGUGAAGGUGGACGUGGAUUCUUCGGGGAAGAAAUGCAAGGAGAGGAUGAUGAAGGUCCUCAUCGAGACGCCUUCAUCUUCCCCCGGUCAUCACAGCAUUCAGGGUUUUAUAGUGAAAAACUAUGAGUCUGUCACAGAACUGUCUGCAGCUUUCGAACAUUUCCACAUGACGGAUCUUUACCAGCGCAUUUUUCCUUCACUGAAAGACUGAAGAGAGAGCGCUCCACAGUUCCUCCUAUUGUUAACACAACGGCACCUGUGUGGAGGAAUCAGCUCAUCAAUACAAAGGGUCUGAUGCACAGAAAAUACACGUCAAUACACGUCUGAAUGGCUUCCUCAUUUUCUGAUACCGCUCUAAUGCAUUCUGAUACCAUUUUUUCUCUUAAACAAGUUAAUGGCGACUCAUCUGAAUUUGGUUUUAACCUUCAGAGAUUAUAAGUUAUGAAAGAAACACUGAAGAUCCAUAGAAAUAUCCAACGUACUGAUGUAUUAAAAACCAGAACGCUCCUGUUGUAAGGUGCUACAGACCACUUCUUAUUCAAAUGUGUAUUAGAUUACAGUUUCAUACUGACAGUUUCAACAUAACAUGAUAAUAAAAAGGAAAAGCCUGCAUAAGUAAGUGUUCAACAGCUGUGGGAGCAAAGUAAAUGUUGUGUGAAGACAUCUGCUGCUGCUGCCUGAGGGAAAUGGAGGAGCAAGCCUUAAACAAAGGACGAAUAAAACGUUUGAAGCAGCCUUGCUGAUCAACUCUCAGACUUGUUUCUGUGGUAUUCCUGGUAUGCACUAUCUACUUUAUUCUGAAUAUAUUUGUAUUCAUCUCGCAGCGACACCAGCUAAGAUUAUAUUGUUGUUUGUUUAAACAAU